AUGAGCCUGGCUGCCGCUAAAUUUCGCCGCUCCAAUGACAUCCCUCGCGACAGCGACCAGCAAAGCCGACCCAAGAGCCAAAGACAGGCCAGGAAGUCAUUCAACGAUGCCAGAGGGCGGCCUACCACCGCAACAUUAGACGAGCCUCAGUCCCCACCGUUAGAAUCACGAACCUCUACUACAUCAAACGGAACAUCUCUGACGACUCCGGCGUAUCGCCCCUCCGAAUCCUCGAGGUCUGAUGCUAGUUCCACCGACAACGCCUUGCUAUCAAGCCCCAAUACCACGCCUAAGAAGACUCCAACAUCUUCUAUCUUCCGCUUAAGAAGAAUGAAAAAGACGCCAGAACCCAUGUUCCCCUUAGCACACUUGCCACAAAAGAGCAGAGUCGGAGCCACCGGGCAGUCGGCAUCCGCAUUGAGCGUGGCCACCACGCCCCGUCCAGCCUCGGCGCAAAGUGCCACGACCCCAAGACCAAAUAUUGAUGGCAUAGAGAGCAGGCAAGGCUCGCAAUACUCCACAAUUGCUGCCCUACAGAGAGCAGAUAGCCGGUCUGGGCAGUCAUCACCCACCAGGGUCAGUGUGUUGCGUGGCCGUUCCUCGACUAUGAGCUCACUAGGGCGUGACUCGACCGACGAUCACCUCGUGCUCCCACAAGCCCGUACUUCAAUCUCAACUGGAAGAAAGAGCUUCGGAGACUUGUUAGGUAUAAGCCGCCUUCGUCAAAAUUCAGAUCUUGCACGCCAAGGAACUCUCACUCCAUUGACGCCGGGUUCUGUUCCCUCCAACCAUAAUUCUUUCCAGUUGAGCCGCGAUACUAUAACUUUACCAGAAAGACAAAACGACGAGUCCGCAACUAAGUAUCUGGAACGGCUGGAAGCGGAUGUUCCACGCGGCAUCAUCGCAGCGAGCUUAGCCAAGACUCCGGAUCAAUUCUUCGGCACAGUCUUGCGAAGCUACAUGAGGCGCUUUGGCUUCUUUGGCGAUCCCAUGGAUAUGGCUUUGAGAAAACUUCUCAUGCAGGCUGAGCUACCCAAAGAAACACAGCAAAUCGACAGGUUUUUGCAAGCCUUUGCAAACCGGUACCAUGAAUGCAACCCAGGCAUCUACUCUUCUCCCGAUCAGGCAUACUUUAUCGCUUUCUCGCUGCUCAUUCUUCACACUGAUGUGUUCAACAAGAAUAACAAACAUAAGAUGCAAAAGUCAGAUUAUGUCAAAAACACGCGUGGAGAAGGCAUCUUCGACGAUAUACUAGAGUGUUUCUACGAUAACAUAUCAUACACUCCCUUUAUCCACGUUGAGGAUGAGAUAGACCUGGCGGCCGACCGAAAUGCAACUCAUAAUUCGAAGAGGAAACCUCUUAUCCCCGCUCCAGGUGGCGAUACUGCUGCUCGUGCGGCAAAGGAGCCCAUUGAUCCAUACACACUCAUUUUUGAGGGAACCCUUGAACCAUUACGACCGAAUUGGAAAGACACUAUGUAUUUGGAAGAUCACUUCAAUUAUCUGGGUACAGCAACUUCCCUCAAUAUGAACGAUCUGCAGAAGACCUUCUUUCGUACAGGCGUCCUGCAAAUUGUAUCACCGAGAUCCCGACCCGAUGCUUUCAUGUCUGAAAAGACCGCUACCAACCCCGAUGAGGCUCCGCAGGGAAUUGUCGAUAUUAAAAUCACAAAGGUCGGCUUGCUGUGGCGCAAGGACGCCAAAAAGAGGAAAACUAGAUCACCUUGGCAGGAAUGGGGAGCUAUCCUCACUGGCGCACAGCUGUACUUCUUCCGCAACACAAGCUGGGUAAAGAGUCUCGUGCACCAAUACGAAAACCACAUCAAAGCUGGGCACGAUGGCGUCCCUAUUACUUUCAACCCUCCCCUUCAUGAGUUCAAGCCAGAUGCAUUGAUGUCGACGCACGGGGCGGUGGCCUUGCUGGACACAACAUAUAAAAAGCAUAAAAAUGCAUUCGUCUAUGUACGACAAGAAGGACUUGACGAAGUUCUCCUUGCGGACAAUGAAGACGAGCUGAAUGACUGGCUAGCUAAGCUGAAUUAUGCUGCUGCCUUUCGGACGUCAGGCGUGAAAAUGCGCGGCAUUGUUGGCGGGAACUACGAUGGUCAAGGCAGGAGAGGUAUGAGACGCCUCGAUAGCUCCGAUGGCAUUCAACUUGUCCAAACGCCUACUGGACCUGUUACGAUUGCGCGUGGAAAGAUUGACUUCAAGAUGGCCGAGGACAUUCAGAUUGCACGGCGCGGAUACAUGAAAGCGCGGAUCGCAGAGUCAAAUCACAAAGUAGAGGAGGCCCACAAGCAACUCGAAGAGCAGCUACGAAAUGCUCGCCAUCUUCAAAUACUAGCACCGAUACAACCGCGGACACGGGAAAGCCUUCUAUCUGCUGCUGCUCGUAUGAGUGCGCAGCUCAAGUGGACUCGCAUGCAGAUUUGGAAGGAGACUUGCCACCGAGACAUCUUACUCCAAGACUUGAACGAAGAGCUUCCAGCAUCCCCAGCUUUGUCAACGCCAAGCAAAAAACAAAAUUUGGAGCCGGCUGGUUCGCCAACCCCGAAGUCUGCUGUUGUGAGGACAGAAUCCAAAGCGACCAAGCACAGCACAAGCGAAAACGGCUCCGUCACCCCUGUAGAGCCAUCCGCUUUCCAACUUCCCAGUGUAGCAAAUGCGCCCAACGGCAACGAGGCACUCAAAGAAAGCGAGCCCGAUUCGGCGUCUUGCACAAGUGCGGCAUCACCGACUCCGAUAUCUAAUCCUGUCUCGAAGAGGGCAAGGCGUCAAAGUGAACCUGAGAAUACACAGCCACGCAAAUCCAGUGACUUGGACGAUAUGGAUGCCGAAGAGCGAGAUCUACUGAGGCAGGCAGGGCUUCUAAGAGACACAACCAGGAAAGACACUGCUGACAAGCCGAAUACACCUCUCGCCACCGCCGACGCUACGGACACAGCAGCUGAACGUGACAAGCUGGAGAGAACGAAAGUCCGCCGCAGUCUUCAGCGUACUCUUAGGGAGAGUGCGGGUCACCUGUCUCAUCACAGGAGUAGGAGAGGAAAAGAAACUGAUUUCACGCGAUCCGAGGAAACUGGAAGAGAUCACAUGCUAUCACGCGGCACGGGUAGCUUUGUUGUCCACGGCAAGAAGGCUUCGGUUAUUAACUUGGGCACUGAAAUCCAAAGCAUGUCCAAUGAUGAUAAAAUCAUUGCAUUGAAACUUCAGCAUCAGGGUGAUCAACCUCCGUCCCCUAGCCUAAGUUACGGCGGCGAUGAGGAUUUUCAUUCUGCUAUUGAAGCCUCUUUGGAAGGUGCCGAGUCGCGCAACCGACGUGAAUCUGCCGCAAGCGCAAAUACGGCUACUGCAUUGAGUUUCAGAGAGCUUCACCGGAAAUAUUCGUCAGCACAAGCUGCUAGGACUGUUUCCGCUGGCGGACGUCUUGCAAUUCCGUCCGAUGCUGAGAGUGAAGCUGCCUUGAGUUUUUCCGAUGGACGGAGGUCCUCGUUACCACCUAUUGAAACGGAGUCAGAUGAGGAAGAUGUUAAAUCAGACACAAAUGGGAAGUCUGCGACAGAAACUGCUCUCGAUCUGCGAGCUGGAAAUAGCUCUGAUAGCAACAAUGACAGCGAAGAAGAUGAAGUAGGGGAGGGGGUCGGUUCGAACCAACACCUUGCCAAGCUUGCCAGUCGCGCAUUGCGAGUUGCAGAUACAUAG